AUGUUGUCGUGCCGGGCCUGGGCAAACUUGCCGCCCGAGCUUGUCUGCUGCAGCGCCGAUAGACUUGACGACCUCAAGUGCUACGCGAGUGCGCAAGGAACUUGCCUGACAUGGCGUUCAGCGCUCACGCCGCCGUUGUCAUCGCUGCUCGUGGACCACAACAAUGACCCCGCCAAGCGCUACAUCACCACCGCCAUCAAGCGUCGUACCACUGUACCCUCAAUCCUCACGCGUCGCUCCUUCAGGCUCAACCCCAUCCCUUGA